AUGGAGCCGCCCCGCUGCCCCGCCCUGCCCGCGCCCCCGCCGGUCUCUCCGGGCCGCGCUGCCCGGGACUCGGGCCGCCUCCUGCGUGGCUCCUGCGAGGGCAGGAGCGUUCCGGAUUCACCAAAUGCGAGGUCCCAGCUCACGGCGGGACGCGCCGUGGCCACUGGCCACAGCCAGUUCUGUGCCAGCCCCGGCAGCGCCGUGGCCGCCGGCCUGCGCUGCCCCCUCCUGGGGCUGAUGCACCUUUGGAUCUCAAGUACUCUUGGUAGAGUGGGCAGCUCCCUGGAGACCGGGGCCGUAGAUGAGCCCAGCGGUCUGACAGGUCUCACCUAUUUCAAGAAGCAGGCAAUGGGCAUGGGAAAAAUGCAGCAGGUGGAGACCAUGGAGAGGAAAGUCCUGGUGGAGGCCCGGAGCGGCUCCUCCCGCUCACGGCCAUCCAGCCCCGCUGGUUCCAGAGGGGCGCGACGGGGAGAGCCCCGCGGCGCUGCGGCCCUGGCCAAGGGAAGGGAGCCGCGCCGUGCUCUGCCCCGGCGGCGCAGCGGCCCCGGGGGCGGCGGAAGGGAAGUGGCGGGACGAGAGCGCGCUCCGGGGCUCGGGGCCGGCCCUAUCGGGGGCCGACCGUGGGGACCGCGCCGUGACGGGGCGCUGCGGCGGGGCCGAGACCGGGGCCGAGCGCCGCCGGGGUCUGCCGGGGGUCCCGGGCGGUGCCGCCUCUCGCCCGUCGGGCGGAUGGAGGCGCCAUCGGGGCCGGGAUCGGUGCCGGGCCCGGGCCGGCCGCGGGCGGGCGCUGCCGGGUGCGGGAUCGCGGCGGUUCCCGGGGCGGGCGCGGAGCCGCCGGGAGGGCCCGGCACCCGCAGGGCGCCCUCUGGCGGACACGGAGCGCGGUGCGAGCGCGGCGCCCCCGCGUGGCCGCGGGACGGCGGUGCGGGGGGCGGGGCCAAGGAGGGGCGGGACCGGCACAGGUGUGAGGGGCGGGGCCACAGAGCGCGAGGCGGUGCCACGGAGCGCGUGCGCAGCUCGGGACAGCAGAGCGCGUGCGCGGCGCGGGGCCGGCACAGGUGCGAACAGGGCGGGGCCACGGAGCGCGGGGCGGGGCCGGCACAGGUGCGCGGGGCUCCAGGGCGCCUGCGCGGGGCGGGGCCGAGGGCAUUUAAAGCCCGGAAGCCGCCGCAGGCGCCAUUUUCUCCCCAGCGCUCGGGGGUGCCGGCUGCGGCCGGUGCGGGCUCCCCAGGCGGGGCCCACACGGGGGAGGGCGGUACAGGGGGAGAGGUGGAAGGGGAGAAAAGCAGAAGGAGCAGACAGAAGGAGAGAGAACCUCACGUGGGCCCCGCCUGGGGAGCCCGCACCGGCCGCAGCCGGCACACCCGAGCGCUGGGGAGAAAAUGGCGCCUGCGGCGGCUUCCGGGCUUUAAAUGCCCUCGGCCCCGCCCCGCGCAGGCGCCCUGGAGCCCCGCGCACCUGUGCCGGCCCCGCGCCGCGCACGCGCUCUGCUGUCCCGAGCUGCGCACGCGCUCCGUGGCACCGCCUCGCGCUCUGUGGCCCCGCCCCUCACACCUGUGCCGGCCCCGCCCCUCCUUGGCCCCGCCCCCCGCACCGCCGUCCCGCGGCCACGCGGGGGCGCCGCGCUCGCACCGCGCUCCGUGUCCGCCAGAGGGCGCCCUGCGGGUGCCGCGCCCUCCCGGCGGCUCCGCGCCCGCCCCGGGAACCGCCGCGAUCCCGCACCCGGCAGCGCCCGCCCGCGGCCGGCCCGGGCCCGGCACCGAUCCCGGCCCCGAUGGCGCCUCCAUCCGCCCGACGGGCGAGAGGCGGCACCGCCCGGGACCCCCGGCAGACCCCGGCGGCGCUCGGCCCCCACCCCCGGCCCCGGUCGCGGCCCCGCCGCACCUGUGCCGGCCCCGUCCCGCACUCCGUGGCCCCAGUGCGCCGCUGUCCCGGGACCCCCGCUCGGCGCUGUGCGAGCCCCGGCCCCGGGGCUGCUCCCGGCGGGGACCGCUCGGAGCCCGCAGCGCUGCGGCGGGGCCGCGCCUGGGGACGGGGCUGUGA